UAUUCUACAAAAAUAUAUUAAUAUGUCUGACACCGAUGAUACUUGUGCUGCGGUAGUGAUUGCUUGUUUGACGGAAAAGAAAAAAGUAAAGCGGAAAAGAAAACAUAGGGUGUGGAUGAAAGUAUGGCUAAAGAAGAGGGAUCAAUUUAGCCAUGAUCGCUUAGUAGCAGAACUUAAAAUAAGUUCAGCCGUUGAUUAUAAAAAUUAUCUACGAAUGGAUGCAGAUACGUUUGAACAAAGACUAUUGUCUACUUUGAGAUACCUUGUAAGCGGCGACUCCUUUGAAGAGCUGAAAUUCCAGACUGCCAUCGCAGCUCAAACUCUUGGAAAAAUAAUUGUUGAGACCUGCGAAGCUUUGAUUCACGUUUUAAAAGGUUAUAUAAAGAUACCAACAAAUGAAAAUGAUUGGAAGGAUAUUGCAAAAGAAUUUGAGAAAAGGUGGAACUUUCCACAUUGCAUUGGCGCGAUUGAUGGUAAACACAUUACCAUCCGAAAACCACCAGGAACAGGCUCUUAUUAUUUCAAUUACAAACAAUCAUUUAGCAUUGUCUUAAUGGCAAUUGUGAAUGCUAAUUACGAAUUUAUAAUGGUAGAUGUUGGAGCCAAUGGAAGAGUCUCCGACGCAGGAGUGUUUUCUAAUACCCAGUUCUGUAAGCGACUUGUAAAAAACGAACUAUAUAUUCCUCAGCCUGAUAAUUUACCUAACAGUGCAAUAAAACAGCCAUAUGUUUUGGUAGGAGAUGAUGCAUUUCCUCUUAUGGACAACUUAAUGAAACCAUUUAGUAGAAAAAAACUGACCACAGAACAAGCUAUAUUCAAUUAUAGGUUAUCUCGUGCUAGACGUAUUGUGGAAAAUGCAUUCGGAAUAUUAUCAUCCCGGUUCCGUAUAUUGUUAAAAGAAAUUAAUUUGUGCCCAGAAAAAGCCUCUCUGAUUGUUCUAGCAUGCACUCAUUUACACAAUUAUUUACGAAUGAAAAAAGUCGAGUCAUACUACCAAGGAGGUUUUGAUGUUGAAAAUACAAUUACAGGAGAGAUGGUAAACGCAGACUGGAAAUCAGAUCGAUUGUUACUUCCUCUACAACAACUUUCAGGGCGAAAUACCACUGUAUCGGCAAAAGAAAUACGCCUAAAUUUCUCACACUUUUUCAAUAGUGAACAAGGAGCUGUACCAUGGCAGAACGAGAGCAUAAAGUAG